AGACAGAAGUAUGGAAAAAAAAGGUACACAGAAAAUGGAAUGAUGAGGAGGACAGAGAGUUGAUUUAUGCUUUACAUGACUUGGUGAAUAAAGGGGACAAAAGGGACAAUGGGUUCAAGGCCGGUUCCCUCACAGUGAUUGAAGGAGUAUUACAUGAGAAGUUACCUGGACAUGGGAUAAAGGCUAAACCACACAUCGAAUCUAGGAUCAAGACAUUAAAGAAGGAUGUUUGCAUCGUGUAUGAUAUGAUCUAUGGAGGGAGUACUAGUGGCUUCGGAUGGGAUCCAAACACAAAUAUGGUGGUUGCUGAAAAACAUAUUUGGGAUGACUAUGUUAAGAGCCAUAAAGAUGCAACUAACUGGAGGAAUAGGAGUUUCCCACACUUUGACAUGCUUUUAACAGUCUUCGGGAAAGACCGUGCCACGGGUAAGAAUGCUGUUACUGCUGAGGAUGUAUUAGAGGAGGAGAGUAGGAAUGAAGGGAGUUGUGAUACAGAAAAUUUAGGCAUUGGUAUUGAAGAAAUGGAGCACUUCUUGUCAUCCACAAACGGAGAAGAGAGUAAUUCUAACGGGAAAAAAAGAAAGAGGAAUGAUGAUAGCUUGGAUGCUUUCCGUGAAGCAGCAACGAUCAUUGGUUCAAAGAUUGAAGAAGCAACUAAUAAGUUUAGUCAAGCUCUUGGUGUCGAUCUUGCUAUAGCUAAGAUGAGGGACAAAGUAAAUGAUGAGCUUCGGAAGCUUUCAGAUCUAUGUAUGAUUCAACGCCAUAGAGCCUUACUUGCCAUAGCUCGUGAUCAUGCGACGACUGCGUGUUUCUUUACCUUGAAAGAUGAUGAGAAAGAAGAUUUUGUGAUGGCUUUGCUUAGGGGAGAUCUGUGAAGUUACUACUUGGUGUAUUUAUUUUAAUUUGCUUUGUUUCUUUUUCAAGAAGAUUUACUUUGGAUGUUAAAUUUGAAGUGUUGGGAAUUCUCAUAUUUUAGCUCUAUCAUUAGGAUUUUAUAAAUGUGACCGUUUAGCUUGUCUUUCCUAAAUUUUUGUAAAAGAUACGCUAAAAUAGGUGUGAAUUAUGAACAUGGUAUACCUGCCAUGUGAGAUUUUAUUGUUGGGAGACGAGCAAAAAUUAGCCUAAUAUUGUGCAGGGGUAUUUAUUAAUUUCAUUCCAUUGAUGUGUGAUUCUAGCACACCAAACGCAGGAAUUGGAAUGUGAAUUCCAUUCUUUCUAUUGAUUCCUAGCCACAACCAAACAUGGGAAUUGGAAUGAUUAUUCCAAUUUCAAUUCCUCCAAUUCCAUUCCAUUCUUAAUUCUAUUCCAACUUACAUUCCAUUCCAUCCAACCAAA